UUAAUUUCCCUGUCAUUAUAUUUUUCUCUAUCACUCUGUCGUUGUUUGUGAAAUUAAUUCAAUGAAUAAUGAAUACCCAUGACAUGCCCUGCUCUUGAAUCAAUCUAUGUAUAUGUUCUCUGUUUUUCUUUUUUGUUUCCCUGUUAUGUUUUUCUCAUUUGUUUAGAUAUAGAGAACUGUUUCUCAAUUUUUCUAGCUUUUGAAUGUUUAUGGUACUCCUUGAUGAUUUGAGGUUCUUGCUUUCUGAAAGAAGAUAUGUACUUUGCAUAUUGUUCUUUCAUUAAUUGAAGUCCAGUAACAUUUUUUUUUGCUGCUCUAAUUUGGCAAAAUAUUGGGUCGGAAUUAAAGUUUUUUUUUUUUUUUAUUUUAAAUUUUUUACUUAAUAAUUGGUUUGGGUAGGGUUGAUGAAUGGGAUUUGAAUUAGGAUGGGGUUUCCUGGUGUUUUUAUAUGCUGUUUCCAUGAGGCAACUCACCAACAGGGAGUUUGGGCAACUGCAACAUACCAUAAGCAAUAAAUAACACUGUUAGGGUUUAACUUUUGAUUACAUGGUUCAGUCACAGCCCUUGAUUUCAAACUGAAGGUUUGGGUCCGCGAUGAGGAAUUGUAACUUAAUUGGUUUAUCUGCUGUUAUUGAAAGUGUUUUGUUACAAGUCCCAAGCAGAAUAUCAAGCAGAAAUUUGCCAAGGUGGCUGAUUUUCAGAUUUGCUAGGGGUAGAUAUAGCGUAGCUGAUGCCUUCAUCAAAGUAUGGACUCCGAGCAGUUUAUUGGUUUCAAUGUGACUAAUUCAGCAGGAACACCUUACCCAUCAUCUUCUUAUCCUACUAUUCCACCGAUACCACACCGGCUACUUGGGUCCUUGAAACUUGACAUAGGGAACUCACCUAAUUCUGCCCUUUCAACUCAUUUUGAUUCUGAUACUCUUUCUGAUACUUCUUGUAACUCUUUGCUUGAAAGCAGUCAUUAUUUGCAUAGGCCAGUCCCAUCUGUAGACCAUCUCCAGGAUGGUUUACAUCUAUAUUCUGCUUGGAGCUCUCUUCCACAGGAUGCAAGUUGUGACCAGAAAACCAAACACACAUUGCUGGAACUAGAAACUGCUUUGAUGGCGCCUGAUCGUGAUGAUGAAGCUACUGCAUCAAAUACUUCUUUAGGUGGUAGCAGCAGGCCAACAACAUCUGGCCAAAGAAAUGGGUCAGAAUCUAUUCAAAGUCAGCCAUCUUAUGUUGUUAGCAGUAGGCAAUCAAGUGAAGUUGCACGUGUAGAGAAACGUCACAAGUCAAUGGAGGAAACAUCACUACAAGGCUUCCCGUCAAGCAAUUUGAAACAAUUGCUUAUUGUAUGUGCCAAAGCUUUGUCUGACAACGAAAUGAAAGAUUUUGAUCAAUUGAUAGAAAAGGCUAGAAGUGCUGUAUCUAUAAGUGGGGAUCCAAUCCAACGGCUUGGUGCUUAUUUGGUAGAAGGGCUUGUUGCAAGGAAGGAGGCAUCGGGGAAUAACAUCUAUCGUGCCCUUAGGUGCAGAGAGCCUAUGGGCAAAGACUUACUCUCUUACAUGCAGAUACUCUAUGAAAUCUGUCCAUACUUAAAAUUUGGUUACAUGGCUGCCAAUGGGGCUAUUGCUGAAGCUUGCAGAAAUGAGGAUCACAUUCACAUUAUAGACUUUCAGAUUGCUCAGGGAACUCAAUGGAUGACUCUCCUUCAAGCUUUUGCAGCAAGACCUGGUGGGGCUCCACAUGUACGGAUCACGGGGAUUGAUGACCCUCUUUCUAAAUAUGCUCGUGGUGAUGGACUAGAUGCUGUUGGGAAAAGAUUGGCUGUAAUCUCUGAGAAAUUUGGCAUCCCAGUUGAGUUCCAUGGUGUCCCAGUUUUAGCACCAGAUGUGACAAGAGACAUGCUUGAUGUCAGGCCUGGAGAGGCUUUAGCUGUGAACUUUCCUCUGCAACUCCAUCAUACUGCUGAUGAGAGUGUUGAUGUGAGUAAUCCAAGGGAUGGACUUCUAAGAAUGGUAAAAUCACUUUCUCCCAAGGUAGUUACAUUGGUGGAGCAGGAAUCAAACACAAAUACAACUCCUUUCUUCAACAGGUUUAUAGAAACUCUGGAUUACUACUUGGCAAUAUUUGAGUCCAUUGAUGUUACUUUCCCAAGAAAGAGCAAGGAGCGGAUUAAUGUGGAGCAACAUUGUCUGGCCCGGGAUAUUGUGAACAUUAUUGCUUGUGAAGGGAAGGAAAGGGUAGAGCGGCAUGAACUGUUUGGCAAGUGGAAGUCAAGGUUCACAAUGGCUGGCUUCCAUCAAUAUCCUUUGAGUUCUUAUGUGAAUUCGGUUAUAAGAAGCCUGCUGAGGUGCUAUUCAGAACAUUAUAGUCUGGUGGAGAAGGAUGGGGCCAUGUUGUUAGGAUGGAAGAACAGAAAUUUGAUAUCAGCUUCUGCCUGGCAUUGAUAACACACAGAUAGGAAAUAUUGUAGUGGUAGAAAUAUCAUGGUGUUGCAUGGGGUGGGAGGUGGUAAAUCUGGGAGGCUUGAGCAUGUUGCUGACUAAGGUUCAUGUUGGUUUCUAGUGCCAUGUGUCCCUUAUAAAGGUCACUGUUCCUUAAACUCGUCCAUCGAGUUUCAUGUCUUAGUGAUGCAGAUUUUAGUAUAUCAAUUCUUUAUAAAAUGUUUAGGCAUGUACACUAUUUUGGUCUACAGAUGUUGUACUUUUAUCUGAAACUGGUCCUCUGCCUCUUAUAUAAAUUACAUGAAUUCACAAUA